CUCUCCCCCUCGCCCCAACAUAUAAACCAAAAGCUUGUCCUUGUCGUUCUCUCCAUCCCACAAUCUCUCUCUCUCUCUAGAUGCUGUAGGUGAUCAUUCAUUCUCUCACACGAAGACAGUAAGAGUACUAGUGAGGCGGCAUGGCCACGGAUACCGAAGAAAUGGUGGUGCAGGUGAUGAAGAGGGCAGAGAUUGAUACAAGGGCUCCCUUUCGCUCUGUUAAGGAAGCUGUGAUGUUAUUUGGAGAGAGAGUUUUAGCUGGGGAGCUCUAUUCCAAACACCUUAAAGAGAUGGGAGAAGGUGAAAUGGGUCACGGCCAAUCCAAGCUAGGAACUGUCACUACAGAGCUUGAAGAGACAAAGCAAAGCCUCCAACAAGCAAGAGAAGAAGGUGUAAUGAUGGCGAAUUGUCUUUCUUCUCUGAGUGAAGAGCUGGAGAAGACGAAAAUAGAGCUGAAACAAAUGAAGGCUAAGGAAGCCCAGAAACAACCAAUUUACUCUGAGAUGGAAGACCUCAAGUUUGUUGAGAAUGCAAGAACGAUUAAAGUGGAGACUCCAAGAGUUAAAGAAGAAGAAGGUGUCCCAGAGGUUCAGAAUAGAAGAUAUGUUAAGUUUGCCAGCCCUCCUUCACUGGCUCAGGUUGUAAGCCCUGCAGAAGGCCGUGGUGAAGUACUUGAGAGACAACCUUCUUUGCGAACGAAGAAGAAGAAGAAUCCCAUAAUCCCACUAAUAGGAUUUAUUUUCUCUAAGAAAAGGGGAACUCAUCAGGGUGGUACUACAACCCUAAGAGUCCCCCCUCGACCUAGUUAAGGGUAUUUUUGAGAGAGACAAAGGGAAGGGUGGGGGGGGCGGGGUGGUGUUCCCUCUGCCACCCGUGUGCAAUUUCAGGAUUUGAAGGGUACUACAGUAAAACACUGGAAUAGGGGGAUAUAUAUAAGACAUUUUACAAUAGUUUGCGACAAUAAUCUAAGUCUUAAAAGGAAUGUCAGCAUGCAAUUUCAAAUUUCGGCCGACGGUGUGCAAAUCUUUAACAAAAAAAAGUAAAUAAAUGAAAACCCCUCAAUGUAA